UUUGCCCCUCACCCUGUAAAUUUCUGGCUCCGCGCCUGGCUGCAGCCGAGCUCGUCCUCAAGACUCACGACCUCAUCUUUGCUAGCAGGCCUCCCAUCGAGGCCGGCGUAUACAUAGCCUACGAGCAGAGAGACAUCGCUUUCGGGCCGUACGGCCCGUUCUGGCGCGACAUGCGGAAACUCUGCACCUUGAAGCUGCUGAGCAAUCAGAAGAUCAGCCAGUUCCAGCCCAUGAGGCGGGCCGAGCUCGGGCUGCUCGUUGCUUCCCUCGUACGUGCUGCUGAGAGGCGGGAAGCCGUGGAUCUCAGCGCCCGGGUUUCUGCUCUCAGCGGCGACAUGAAUUUCUUGAUGAUAUUUGGGAAGAAAUAUUCAACCAUGGAGGAGAUAGGGUUCAAAGAUGUGAUUAGGGAAACAAUGGAGAUUUUUGGAAAAUUCAAUCUAGCUGACUAUUUUCCAUACAUUGGCAUGCUUAAUCUUCAGGGAUUACAUGGCAAGAUGAAGAGACUGAGCAACAUUUUUUAUGGGAUUUUGGAGGAAAUAAUUGAUGAUCAUAUGAAGACGAAGCAGAAGAAGCCGGCUGCCGACAUUGUUGAUACACUCAUGGAGAUUAUGGAAUCCGGACAAGCAGGAUUCGAAUUCAACCGCCGCCAUGUCAAGGCUGUUCUUUACGAUAUGAUCGUAGGAGGGAUGGAUACCUCAUCAACGACACUCGACUGGGGAAUGUCGGAGCUAAUGAAACAUCCAGCAGUGAUGAGGAAACUCCAUUGGAUCAAAUGGUUGAAGAAUCACAUCUCGAAAAACUCCAAUACUUGGACUGCGUGGUCAAGGAAGCCAUGCGUCUCCAUCCCGUGGCGCCCUCUUAGUCCCUCACGAAUCCAUGGAGGAUUGUGAGGGCAAGAGUCAUCGUGAACGUGUGGGCUAUUGGGAGGGAUCCGGAUGUUUGGGCUACCCAGACUCUUUUACACCAGAGAGGUUUGUUGGCAGCGAGAUAGACCUGAGAGGCCGCCAUUUUGAGUUGCUACCGUUUGGAUCGGGUAGGCGGGGCUGUCCCGGGUUGCAGUUAGGACCGACGGUGGUUAAAUUGGUGCUUGCGCAGUUGGUGCAUUGCUUUGAUUGGGAGCUUCUAGAUGGGAUGAAAGCAAGUGAAGUGAACAUGACUGAGAAUUUGGUAUUGUUACUUCUAGAGCUAAGCCUCUUGUGGCUGUGCCUACUUGUCGUUUGCAUAAAUAUUGAAUUAAUUGUGUUAUUAUUGCUACUUUAUGGCACGUGGAAUAAAAUAAAACACUAACA